AUGCCACGCCCGGCCAUUCCCAAGCCCGGCUUUUCUGUCCUCCGUCUGCACAACAGCAAAAAUCCGCAUCUCAUCGCCCAUCUGUCCUCGGCAGAGAAAAGAAACCUGUUAAACUCUGUCGCCCAAGACAUCGAGGGCUGCAUCUGGGUUGUCGGCCAUUACAUCCAAUCCGGCCAUCUAGACGCCACACACACGUUUGAAUUCGAUCAAAUCAUCAAUGAAAUUCAUCGAGACGAACGGGACGAGAUGGAGAAGAAGUUACGCAAGAUGACUGUCAAAACGAAGAUCUACAAAAGGCGGGAGAAGGCAUUGAGAAGGGAGAUGAAGAAACGGCAGGAGAGAAGAAGACAGAGAAGGGAAGAGAGGCGGAGGGAUGAACAGCAAAGAAUGGUAACCAGCAGCCAACAGACUUCCGUUGACCCUACGACAGCCGAUGUUGAGUGCUUUGAGACAGGCUGCCUGCAUGCUGGUCCGUCGAAUCAAAUCGAUCGUGAUCCUCGCGCUGGCUCUGGAAGGGGUCUGUCUGCUGCUGACAACACGACAACGCAAGUAACAGUAGUCUCCGUUGACGAAUUUGAAGAGUCGUUCUCCAGUUAG